AAACCCGGCCAGCUGCCGGCCCCCACCCGUCACCCACCCUCGCGGCCGCGCGCAGAGUCGCCGCCUGGAGCCUGGGUCCCUUUGUUGGGGGGCGCACCCCCUCCUUUUGGUGGCAACCAAGUCGCGCGGCGCAGUGGGAACCGCCGCGAGGGGGCGGGGAGCGGCCAGGCGGGACUCCGAGCGCCGCCGGGGGGCAGCCGGGCCAAAAAAGUGGGGCGAAGAAGAAAAAGGCCGGCGGUGCCUGGGGAGCAGAGCGGAGACAGCCCGCUCAGAAGUAUGCGGAGGGCCCCCUCCCGGGCCCGGGCACGAGCGGAGAGCGAGCCUCGCAGAAGUUUGGCGGCGGUCGCCCGGGCGGCGUCGAUGGCUGCGCGCCCCAAAGCGCGCGGGGGCUGAGCGGGCGCCACUUCCCCUUCGGCCCGGCUUUUGUGUCUCGCUUCUCCUCAUGCGGCGUCCGGCCAGCUCCUGCGGCGGCCGCUGCUGAGGCGCUCGCUCGGGCCGAGGGGAGGAAGAGACCGCGGCGGCGGGGCGGCCGCGGCGCGGGGUCCAGGCGGGACUAUGGGAAACGGGAUGUGCUCCCGAAAGCAGAAGCGGAUCUUCCAGACGCUGCUGCUGCUGACUGUGGUCUUCGGCUUUCUCUAUGGCGCGAUGCUCUACUAUGAGCUGCAGACGCAGCUGCGGAAAGCCGAGGCGGUGGCUCUCAAGUACCAGCAGCACCAGGAGUCCCUGUCCGCCCAGUUACAAGUUGUGUAUGAACACAGAUCAAGAUUAGAGAAAUCCUUGCAAAAGGAAAGACUUGAACAUAAGAAAGCAAAGGAAGAUUUUCUUGUUUAUAAGUUAGAAGCACAAGAAACACUAAAUAAAGGAAGGCAAGAUUCCAAUAGUAGAUACAGUGCAUUGAAUGUGCAACAUCAGAUGUUGAAAAGUCAACACGAUGAGCUAAAGAAACAGCACAGCGACUUGGAAGAGGAACAUCGUAAACAAGGAGAAGACUUCAGUAGGACAUUUAAUGACCAUAAGCAGAAAUACCUGCAGCUGCAGCAAGAGAAAGAACAGGAACUUUCUAAGCUAAAAGAAACUGUGUACAAUUUGCGAGAAGAGAAUAGACAACUAAGGAAAGCGCACCAGGACAUACAUACACAGCUCCAAGAUGUCAAGCAACAGCAUAAGAAUUUACUCUCCGAGCAUGAACAACUUGUAGUGACUUUGGAAGACCACAAGAGUGCGCUAGCUGCUGCACAGACUCAAGUUGCAGAAUAUAAACAACUGAAAGAUACUCUGAAUAGGAUUCCAAGCUUUCGAAAACCAGAACCAACAAAGCAGCAAAAUGUUACUCAGGUAGCACAUUCGCCACAAGGUGACAGCACAGCAAGGGAGAAUCCAGCCAGACAGCCACAGGAGGUGAAUCUAAAUAGUGAUGUGUGGCAGAAGCAUGAAGCAGUGCCUGGAAGAACAGAAGAAACAAGACUUUAUCCUCCCACCCAGAAGGAAGCAGAAAUUCAGGCUCCAGCAGAGCUGAACCAGCAGGAUGCGGAAGCCAGAGAGCCCGAGGAACAUCAGGCAGAAGAGGAGCACAGAAAGGCCCUGGAAGAGGAGGCAAUGGAGCAGGUGGGGCAGGCUGAACAUCUCGAGGAGGAACACGAUCCAUCACCAGAGGAGCAGGACCGGGAGUGGAGGGGACAAAGAGAAGCAGCCAACCUUCUGGAAGGGCACGCUCCCGCUGAGGUACCAGGUCAUCCACUCCAGGUGCAUCCUUCGGUCAAGCCAGAUACCAAAUUUCGAUCGCCAUAUGAGGAGCAGCUGGAACAGCAGAGACUGGCCGCGAGGCGGGCUGAGGAGGCGCAGAGGCUGAGAGAGCACCAGGAGGCCCUGCAUCAGCAGCGGCUGCAGGGACACUUGUUGAGGCGGCAGCAGCAGCAGCAGCAGCAGCAGCAGCAGCAGCAGCAGCAGCAGCAGCAGCAGCAGCAGCAGAUGCUUCUUGCCCAAGAGCUGGCCCGGCAGAGGCAGGCUGGGCAGGAGGAGGGGCAGCCGGAACAGCCAAGGAAGCCAGCUCAUUAUGAUGCCAUGGAUAAUGAUAUUGUUCAGGGAGCAGAGGACCAAGAAGAAGAAGGAGGUGCCUAUGAGAGAGACAACCAGCACCAAGAUGAGGCAGAAGAAGAACCAGAGAAUGGACAUGAGCCUCGAGAGCAAGGGCUCCAUGAAGCUGACCCAGAAUCUGAGGCAGAUAGGGCAGCCAUGGAGGAUAUAAAUCCAGCAGAUGACCCGAAUAACCAAGGAGAAGAUGAGUUUGAGGAAGCCGAACAAGCAAGAGAAGAAAAUUUGCCAGAUGAAAAUGAAGAGCAAAAACAGAGUAAUCGGAAACAAGAGAACACAGAGAUGGAGGAGCAUUUGGUGAUGGCAGGAAACCCAGACCAGCAGGAGGGUAACGCGGAUGAGCAGUACCAGGAGGAGGGAGAGGAGGAGGUUCAGGAAGAUUUGACUGAAGAGAAAAAAAGGGAAUUGGCGCAUAAUGCUGAAGAGACCUAUGGUGAAAAUGAUGAAAAUGCCGAUGAGAAAAACAAUGAUGGAGAAGGGCAAGAAGUUCAAGAUGACCACCACCCCAAAGGCCGAGAGGAGCACUAUGAGGAGGAGGAGGAGGACGACGACGAAGGGGCAGCUGUUGCCGAGAAAUCACAGCGAAGAGCUGAAAUGUAGCCGUGCCCAGCUUCCCAGACAGCUCAGCCGUCGAAUUCCUUUCAAGCUGCUCAAAAAUAAAUCUGCCUACUGAACUCCAGGAUAUUUAAUUACAGAAAUUAAGAGUUUAGACCCUUUUAAAACUUUUGUAUUAGAAACGCUCAUACAUUUAUAUGAAUAUAUUUUGGUAACCUAGGUUAGGGCGUCUUUUAUAUUCAAGCUAAACGUGAACAAGAAGAAAACGAAGCAAAUCUUAGGCUCUGAAUCUCAUUUUUCAUAGAUUAUGUGAUGUUGGAAAGGACAUCAAUUUUGUAUAUGUUUCAACUUGUUACUUUUCUAUCUUCUAGUUUCCAGGUAUUCUGUUAUUUGCCUUUGAUAGAAUACAGGAUUUCAAAAUAGGAAAUACUACAAAAAUGCUGUGCACACUUUAAGGAGAAUGGCCAGUUUACUAAUUGCUGCCUUUUCAAGGCUCUUGUGUACGAUUCUGAUAGAAUUUUUAUCAGUCUCUGUAUUGCUGGAAUAAGAUUCAUGUAUAGAGUGACAUACAGUUGGAAAGCCAUUUUUUUUUUUCAUAAAGAUAUUGGUUUUCAGACUUUUCAGGUCAGAAGAAUGUUUGGCUUUACUUAAAAUCACAGCUAUUCUUGAAAGGAAUUAAAUUUAAAAGUGAGAUAAUACUAAAAUUCAUGUGACAGUAGUCUGGACUUGGAUAUUUCAAUAUACAAACAAGGUAUGACACAUCAGUAUAUUAACCUUUUUGAAAGACUGACACCUUGUUUAACAACUAAUUUAGUGUGAAUGGGUGGUGUUUUCUACGUGAACAUCCAUUCUGUUUUUUUUUCUGAAGUCACCUAGUGAUAUCUUUGUUUCAGUAUCUAGUUCACUAUAGUAAUAUAUAUUUCCCCUAUAAGCUCUGUGCCUCAAUUUUGUAAUAACCUUGAUGACAAGUAUGACAAUGAAGGCAUACCAUAUUGUAUAAUUGAAGCAAGGUAUUACACAUCAUACCUUGAAAAAUAGGAUUAUUUUUCAAAACCUGUAUGGUGAAACACACAUGGUGAAAUGAUAUACCCUCAUUACUUUUCUGUUUGCUGGGAUUGGGUCUGCAUUAUGCCCACAUUUAGGCAUUUUAAUGAUUAUGAAUAAUAAAAAUCCCUUAAAUUAAAAAAUCAAAAAUUCCCCUUGGGGUAUAAAAACGUAUUUCAGUCUCAAGCAUAAAGAGUUUUAAAUAUUUAGAAUUAGGUUAUAUAAUUCAUGUGUGUGGUUUUGUAAUAAUAUUCUCGAAUCAAUAAAAAUACAUUUCAAUUUCUA